AUGAACUUUCGAGAUAAGAAGAUAAAAGUCAACGCGUCGAGUAAAGUCCAGAAGAAGGUUAUUCUGGAUCUCAAGUGCCUCGUGGAAGCAGCCAGGAGCGAGAGCAGCAAGGAGCGAGAGCAGCAAGGAGCGAGAUCCACAAGCAAUGGAGGACACGAUCUGCGACAAGGAGACGGUGGAGAACUGCAUCGCAGGUAUAAUACAGUACUAUAGGCGCUUGCUUGAAUGUGCUCUUGCCCCAAGGGUGCACGCCAUUCAGGUCCAACCCGGGGUGCACCGAAAACAUCAUUGAAAAGUUGACUUUUUCGGGGUACAUCCUCAUUUUUGUCAGAGUAGAGACUUUCAUGAAUGCAGCAAGAUGUAUGAUGGUGCACCUCUUUAGUAGGUCUUAAAGAAGAAUAGUUAAGAAGACUUGAGCUCCUUAAAAAUUCCUCAAGCUCUCUCCUCCUAUUUGACAAGACCUAGUCUAGAGAAACACGGAGCGGAGCCAGGUAUUCAGUCGUUUCUUCUUUAUUGACUACAGUUUUGGGCUCUCAACUCUGUCCAGUCCUUCCAAUGACGUAGGGCUCGAACAAACUAUGAUAGAGUCUCAUGUUCUCGGAACAUUGGACGUGCUCCGGACGAUUCUGAGCGAUUCUAGGGAUCACUUAAAAAUGCUGAAGCUACUGAAGUGGUCACUAGAAAUGCCCCGACACGUCCGUUUCGCGUUUCCAUUAACCCUCUAUAAUACCAUUCCGUUUCAUUCUUCGAAAACCGGAAAGCCCUGCGAGUUCUCAAAUAUUCCAAAGGGGCUAACUUGGUCGCUAUGAAUUUAUGCGCACCCUGUAUAACUAGAACUCAACUAUAGUUCAAACACGAUCGUGCUUAAAUACAUGACUCAAUAAGCAACUGAGGGAUCACUAAAGGGACUAGAAACCGACUCAAACUUUGGUCGACAAAACAACGGAUUACUAGAUUUUUAGGGUCUGUGGAAGAAGGCAAGGACGGCGCAACGUUCGGAAAUCCGAGUUUCUGGGACAUCCAGAAAGCCAGUUCGUUUCAAACUUUUUAAACACGCUAUCAGGAAGUUCAUAGAGAAAAUGAGGUGAAGCCCUUUAUUUCUCCUUGAUGAAGCGCAACUGCUCAAUAAGCAGUUUCCAGUUUAUUCCAUGUAAUACUGAACAGCAGGGCUAAGAUUUGGGAAAAGCAACUAGAAACGUGAAAACCUUACAAAGAACCGACUGAACGACGUUUCGAGACGAACUAUAAGGUCAACUUUAGAAUAGAAAAAUUAGUACUCGAGUCUCAAACUCUUCCUUUUAUCAGUUUUUCAUGGACACAAUUUUUAAGAGAACGCCUUCGUUUCGGUUUUUGGAGAGCUGAAAAGCGGAUCGGAAGUCCUUCCAACUGCUCCCUGUGAGCCGACGACCCAUAAACAAGCCAACGGCAGCAUUCAGAAGCCGACGGAAAAAGGUAGAUUAUGUUCAAUGAAAACUUUUCAUCCGCUCCGAAAGAUACUAUAUUUUCGAAAGUUAAAUGAAACAAAAAAAUUUUGUACUAGAUUUCUUAAUUUUUAUUCUAUUUACAGAUGUCUUACACCAGAUUAUUGUCUCGGGAAGAAAAGAGAAGGUAGUCAAAAAAGAUGACGACAGUUUUUUGGAACAACUUCAUUUCUAUCAUGGGUAAAGUUUUGAUCGAACCUCACAUAAAAAUCGUUCAUUUUCAGAUUCUUACCGCAGAUGGAGUGUCGAAUGUUUAUAAAACGAGGGGGCGAUUAUUUGGUGAGGAAAUGGGAAGGUGAAGCAAAAUGGAAGUUUAGACUAGUUGAUAAGGUUAUUCAGAUGACGGAGAAGAUUUUCUGGUAGUGUCAGUCGGCAUCCCGUUGGACUACACGAGAGAUGGUAGCGAGGGUGAUUUCUUUUUCUUUGUCAAGUUCACAUGACUUCUUCAAUCUUCAAAAUAUAACUGAUUCACGGCUGACCUGAGCAAUCUUAAAAAAAGAGUCCUGGCACGAUAAGAAAAGAAUAGUCUGGUUCGUGGAGAGCGCAGACAGGCCACGCCCUUUUAGUGUCUUAAGCUAGCCGUACAUUGACUAUAUAGUCUGUUCAGUUUUUGAAUGUCAAGUAGACUGACGUCAUCCGAAAACGGUCUCUUAUCGUCCCAAGUUAGCCGUUAAUCGACUAUAUACAGCCUGUGUACUGCGACUUGGAAUUUCACCAAACGACAUUCCGCUGUGCCGCUGCGCGCCUUUGCGAACCUUGGUCGCGCUUUUAAUUUUUUAUUUCUUUUAUUAAGGUACUAUCCUUUCAUGUGCUCCUACAGAAAUAACAAUCAAUUGAAACCUAGAUUCGAAAGACGCUUCGCGACCGCGCGCAGCGAAACAGCGGAAUGUCGUUCGGUGAAAAUCCAAUUCGUGGCACACAGACUAUAAUAGAACUUCUCCAAUGGGGUCUUCUGUUUUUCUUCUAGCGUCUUUCAAGUUUUGACAGCUUCAAUCAAAAUCUCGUCCGAUUUCCAGACCUGGACGAGAACUAUGGGAAAGACGAACCGGUAAGGAUCAAGGACUUAUUGAUUCGCCGCGACGACGACGGCCUGUUUAUCGACAGCCGCAUGUCUUUUAGCUCAUUGGAAGAUCUUUUCACCUACUACGUGCUGCACCCGAAAAAGGUAAAAGCUGUUGAUAAAGAUGAUGAGUGGGAUUUCGGAGGAAGUGAUAAAAAAGCGUCUUUCAAGAAAUGAAAAACUAGUAGUUGUAUUGAAAGUUCUCAUCAUCGAAUGUAUAAAACACUGAAGAACAUAUAAUUUCAGGAAUCGCUACGGAUGCAAUUGGAACGUGCUUGUCCCAAACGCUACUUUGAGUUCAGUAGCAACAUGAUACAAAGGAAAAAAGAUUGUGAGUUGUGAAAAGCGAAAAAGUUCAAAAACAUAGUGAUUGUGAAUAUGAUUAUCAAUCUUGAAAAUUUUGACUUUUUUCGAGUACUUUUUGCCAAAAAACUGAAAAGUUUUUGGUGGCGUGUUCAUCACUAAAGGCACUCCGAAACAGUACUGAUUUUUGUUUUGGACCAAUUUUCGGUUUUUCUGAUGAACACUCCAUCAAAUUUAGAUCAACAACGUACGGAAUAAAACAUUGAUCAACUGAUCUGAACCCUCGGAACAUUAUGAAUAUAAACUGAGCACAUUUAUUCAUCAAGAAAGAUCGAUAGGCCCUUGAGUGACUUAAAGUAGAAAUGUAUUUCAAACUGAAAAGACCUUUUUUGACUCUAAAAAAAGCUGUCCGCCAUAAUAAAAUCUUUUCCGCUUGGAUCUGGCGUCUACGGCGAGGUUUUCCUCGGCGAAGUGAAUGGCAUCGGGAUUCGCGAAGUGAAUGUCGCAGUCAAGUUGGUGAGUACAACUGAAGUUUUUGGAAAAAAAUUCUUUUCUUGCAGCUCAAAGAUCCCAAUGCUUUUGAGCUAAGGGAGAAGAUGCUUGAGGAAGCUCGCAUCUUGCUCAGACUCAGUCAUGAUCAUGUCAUAGAAAUCUACGGAUGGGCUAUUGAUAAAAAGCCGUUUAUGCUUUUAAUAGAGUUGAUGGAUGGUGAGCAGUUCGACUUUUGGAAAAAAGCUGUAGUAAACUUUUCCAGGCGGCUCUUUGGACAAUUUUCUGAUCGAGAACUUCGAAGGAUCCAAUAACUCCCGUCUGCUGAAGUUCGCCCUUGAAGCGGCGAAGGCAGUUGCUUACUUACACGAGAUGGACGUGCUACAUCGCGAUGUCUCCGCACGGAACUGUUUGCUCGCUUCAGAUCUUACGGUUUGAUCGAAAUUAUCGACGAAAAAGACAUAUUUUCCAGCUCAAACUUUCGGGUUUCGGCUUUGCUACACGCGGCGACUUCCACUAUAUGCGGACUGCGGAGAAGUUACCGACUCGGUAUUUGUCGCCGGAAACUCUGUCUAUGUUCGUCUUUGUCCAAGCUUCGGACUGUUUCGGUUUUGGAGUGAGUUGACUAUCUCAGGACAGGAGAAAAUGGAUUAUUUCAGAACCUUUUGUACGAGAUCUUUACCGGGGGAAUGAUGCCCUACGGGGAGUUGAAUUCUGCCGAAGCCAGAGAAAAAGUUUGUUUCAUUUCCUCUUUCAGUUUUAACUAAUGAGUGAAAAACAGAACCACAAAAGAAAACUUUCCCUUCUUGAAAGCUUCUCACAAAUUCAAUAGCAUGAAACGUUUUCCAAAGAGCAAUUUCCUCAAGAUCUAGACUUCGUGAUAGCGCAAACGUGUAGAAAAAUCUCACAAUAAAACGACUUGUCAGACAAAAUUCUGAGUUGAGAUUUUGACUGGGGAGAUGAACAAUCUCGAAGAAACUCGCGCUCCGCCGGCUCUUCGUAAUUUUAUCGAACUGAAUUUGUGGGCCUAUCCUAUGAAGGAUAGGGCGGAAAUGGAUAAGGUUUUGAAGCCGAGUUGAUCGAAUCUCAAGAAAGGUUUCAGACUGUGGAAUUUCUCAAAGUCCUCUACAAAGACUGCAAGAAGGUCAGUUCAUCUGUCCUCAUCAGUUUCUGAUUCAAAGAUUUCUUCAGAUCGAAGAAGGACCGAAGACAGCCACGCAAGGCUCGGAAAAGAGCCUCGUGAGUUUAUACGGGCUCAAGUUUCAUUAAAAAAAACUUCUGAAUUUCUUUCGAAAACUAAAAUUCUAUCACUCUAGGGAAAAGUAGACGCGGAGCCCGCUAAAAAAGAUGGAUCCACCAAACAUCGCCGUCGGAAACCCGUGAGCCGCGCUGUCAGUUACGCCUUUACCUGGACCAAACUGAGAACUUAUUUCAGGAGUUAUUGGAAGAAAUCUGUCCUACGCAGGAAGAAACUGUCGCCAACAAUGACUAG